AUGGUAGCCGCCGUGAGUGUAACGCUUGCCGGUGAAGCAGACGAAGACAACGGCGAUGGUGAUGACAAUCCAAAGUAUGCCAUAGGCAACGAUCAGAAGUCGGUUCAACGAUUUACCAAAAUAGUUUGUUGGCAGCCCAUUUUGCGAUGGAGUGUUGAUAGUCAACCAAGCGGAUCGGCAUCGCAAGUUCAAGGAUUUUUCCGCGUGAAAACGGGGAAACGAAAGAUCACAUGCUUCUGCUUUUCCUUCAGGCAAUCAUUUCUUUGCCAUGCCAUCAAUGAUUUCCAUGGGUAUGUCAUCUGA